GAAGUUGAUAAGGUACGUUUUCAGGGUCUUAUCUAAACCCAAAGUUUUAAUGGUAUCGACAGAUUAUUUUGCUAGUAUGACGGAAAGGAUUAACACAGCCUAGAGGCGGAGUUCUCAGCAACCGCUUACCAAAAUGGAUAACAUGAAACGAGCAACUGCAGAGCAGUUGAUCAAGAAUUAUUUUUACCAGCUCACCAAUGGUUGUGGGAUGACAGACUGCAACAAUGAGAAUUGUGCAUCAAAUGGACGACUGAAACUUAGUAGUAAUGAUGCAGCUGCUCUUGCAUUAAAGCUMUUUCAUGAGAAGGCUCAGCUAUGCAUUCACAGGGGAUGUUUUUUCACUGAAACAUUACUUCUAUCUACAAUCAAAUCUUGCAAGGAUGUAGGAAGCUACAAAGAACUUGUACACAGCAUUGGUAAAGUGUUUUCCGAUCCAAAGUCCUUGAACAAGAGUUUCUUGCUGAGUGAACCAAAAAAGUUGGAUGGUGCAACCCUUUUUGUAGAUGUUGAAGCCAUGAAAAGAAUAUAUGCUGCUUUAUAUGAGAUUGGUGAUUCUUCAAUAGAAAAUGCAUUGAUUAAUUCAGUGGAAACACUUUCAACAGCUGUUGAAAUGGAACUGCUUUACAAAAAUCCUAAUUGUAAAGAUCCUCAAUAUCUCAAUCAGUUUAUUUUAAUCUUUGUAAAUAGCAUGCUUCAGAGUCCUGAAUACUUAGAAAGGGCUCUGCCAAGAUUUUUGAAAGCCCUGUGUCAGUUGCCAGUCUCAGCCCAGGCACAGCUAGUGAGAAUAUGGUGUACGUUUCCAGUGGAGGACAUUCGUCAUAUGGUGGAAACAUUACAGCAAUUAAUUACCUAUCGAGUGCUGACAGGUCCCUCAGCAGUUGAUCAUGUACCAGUUCAUGAUGACGAUGUGAUAGUCAACAGUGCCAAAACUAUGAAAUUAUUAUAUUUUGUAAGCAUUAUUGAAGGUCAUAAAAGAAAUCCUGUAGAGUUGUCUGACCAUCAAAAUGAUACCAUGGACUCUGUAGCAGCAAAUACUUCAUUCUUCCAAGAUCCAUUGGUCCGAGAAUUAAAGCUUAAAUCUUCUGACUGUCAUCAGCCACUUCUGAGUUAUGAUGAAUUUGUCAAUGAACCUCUAAAUGAUCAAAUAGAAGUUGACCGGGACUACACCCACUUUAAAAGUGACCACCAGCAUAAAUUCUCAUUUCUUAAUCACACAUUUUUACUUAGUACRGCGACUAAAGGAUUAGGAUUGUUUUACGAUAACAGAGUUAGGAUGUACAGUGAGAGAAGGCUGACAAUGUUAUACAGUCUUGUUCAUGGACAUCAACAUGCUCCUUUUCUCCGUCUCAAGGUCAGGAGGGAUAACUUGAUAGGUGAUGCACUGGUCAGGCUUGAAAUGUCUGCCCAGGAUAAUCCACUGGACUUAAAAAARCAGCUUGUUGUAGAAUUUGAAGGUGAACAGGGUAUAGAUGAAGGAGGAGUAUCCAAAGAAUUCUUUCAGUUGGUUGUUGAGGAGAUCUUCAAUCCUGAUUAUGGAAUGUUYACUUAUGAUCCAGAGUCAAGGAUUUGCUGGUUUAACCCAACUUCGUUUGAAAGUGAUGCACAGUUUCGUCUCAUUGGGCUUGUUGUUGGUUUGGCAAUUUACAACAACAUUAUUCUGGAUAUCCACUUUCCAAUGGUUGUGUAUAGAAAGCUUUUUGGAAAAAAUGGAAUGUUCAAAGAUCUUGCAGAUUCUCAUCCAUCUUUGUACAAAAGCUUGAAAAACAUGUUGGAAUAUCCAGGCAAUGUGAAGGAAGAUUUCAUGUGCACAUUUAAAAUUGGCUACACUGAUGUGUUUGGCUCUAGCUUAUCUCAUGACUUGAAGGAAAAUGGAGGUGAUAUUCCAGUUACCAAUGAAAACAAAGUGGAGUAUGUCAACUUGUAUGCUGAUUUUAUCUUGAACAAGUCAAUAGAAAAACAGUUCAAUGCCUUCAAAACCGGUUUUGACAUGGUUGUGGGGGAUUCUCCACUAAUGACAUUCUUCAGACCUGAUGAAGUGGAACUUCUUGUUUGUGGUAGCAAGGAACUUGACUUCGAAGCUCUUGAGAGUGCUACAGACUAUGAUGGCGGCCUAACGAAGGAUUCACCUUUAAUCAAGUGGUUCUGGGAAAUUGUGCAUAACUUCACCCUUGAACAAAAACGGCAACURCUKAUGUUUACUACUGGAAGUGACCGAGUACCUGUUGGAGGUCUGUCCAAAGUUAAACUGAUCAUCGCCAAAAAUGGAUCAGACUCUUUAAGGUUACCUACAGCACAUACUUGCUUCAACGUUUUAUUGUUGCCCGAGUAUUCGUCCAAGGAAAAGCUAGAAGAACGCUUACUGAAAGCCAUUAAUAAUGCUAAGGGCUUUGGCUUAUUGUAAAUGCGUCGUAUAGACUCUAACUGUACGGGGGUAUGUUGAUUGAAUAUCAUGAACAAGWAGUGCAAGACUCAYUGAUGUCGUCUUAUCAAAGAGAAAUUUUCUUGUUAGUUUCUUUUUUCCGAUAUGGAUCGUUCGUCUUUCUUCCAUAUAUGGGUUUAGAUAUAGUGUAAAAGAGAUCGCCAAACUCAUGCUUAGAUAAUUUUAAGUAGAGCUGGGUUUUAAUCUUCUUUUUCCACAUUAUUUUCAGUUUAAGUUUAUUAUUCGAAAGCCAGUUUCUUAGGCCUUUUAAUAUGUACAUCCAUAUAUGGAGUCACGCGACAGAUCCUUCUCCKUUUUCCAUCCCUUGCUCCCACUGUUUCUUUUUUCUGUUCCCAUUGUCAUCUGCUGCCUUUCCGUAUUCCACAAUGCAUGCUCCUUAAGCACAUAGACGAGUUUUGAUGGAUCCCUUACCAUGCUUUUAUGUGCCAGAUUCUUGUCUUCAACUUAACCGACUGCUAUUUCACAAAACUUUAAAGUGAUGACACAAAAAUGUUGGAAAUCAUUGUCAUCCAUCCGUACUUACUGCAAAGGAUAACAGUUGCUAACAUUCCCACUUUUUUUCGAAAAGCUCACUGUUUAUUUCGAUGUCAAAACUUUACUAGCUUGGGUAAGCUAUUUCGAAAAAGGUUUUUUAAAUUGCCKUUAUUAGUACUAAUUUCGUUAUUUUUUCCGAUAACCGUUUUUGAAAUAGCUAUAAGUUUGGUGUGCUCGCGCGCUUUGUUUCCCGCGCUUUUCAUAAUGGCCGAUAUGGCCUGGAGACCAAUCGUAGUAUUGUAGUGGUAUUAUUUAACCGUGAAAACUUUAGGGCUGUUUUACACUGUGACAUAAGCAGAAACCGAAGCAGAAGCUUGUCCACACUUGACAGAAGCAUGUUCUUGUGCUUAUGAUGUCCCGGUUUGCACUCAUAAUCUUUCAACAUAAGCAGAAAGAGAAGCAGAAGAAAUUUUUCUGCUUCUGUUUUCCCCGGUUCACACAUACAAAAUACACUUCUUCUGCUUCUGCUUAUGUCACAGUGUGAAGCGGCUGUUAGGCAAUCCUGAGGAAGUAGACUACAUAUUAACGAUUUUUAACAUAGAAAAGAACGUUAGUGAUGAUCUAAUCUUAAUGAGAACUGGUAAAUAGGUGUACUUUUCACGGCUCAUUUUCCCAAAUGAAAUAUUAAGACAGAGAAGGAGGCGAUAUUAAAGGCUACUUUCAGUGGGAACGAGAUAGCGGCAAAGGGAGCGCAAAAGUAUCAGCAAAAGAAAAUUAUUGAAUGACAACUUUUGUUUAAAGUGGUCACACACGCUAAGCCUCGCAACAGAARUGUUAAGAAGUGCUAAAUUUACAGGAAAGAAUAUCAAAUACAAACCUUCAGUUAAGCUUGCUUCACCGCUGCUUCUGUCUCGUUCACCUUCACUUGCGAAAGUUCAUUGGGACAACUUUGACAACAACUUUGAUGUACUAGUUGGUUAAAUAAAAUCACUCGAUUGAACGUAAAAGUAAUUUUUGAAAACAUUUCGUCUAAAACAAAAAGUACUUGGUCCGUCUUUAAGAAAUUUGAAGUAUUACAAAAAUGUUAGGAAGGAUUUCCACAUUCAAACCAAGUGUAGGGCGAAGUCAUUAAACCCGUGAAACAAAYAUUAGACAUGACACGUAAUAUCUAUUUUACAGGUUUUUUGACUUCACUCUAAUGCCGAGAACAGUUUAAAAAAGUGUAAUGACAACUGGAAAGUAUAAGAUUAAAAAGUGGAUAUUUCUAA